CAAGGAUAACAAAAGUCAAAAUUACAUAGACGUUUCUGAAAUAUACUUUACUUCCAAAGUUUGGUAGAUUGCUGUACAAUUAGAUGUGUUAUUUAUCACUAUUCAGUCAAAGUUGUUUAUUCAAGUCCUAUUGGCGUUGGACAGUGGAGAUGACGUUAUGUUUAGGUUUCACAAAGGACGUAUUAUUGUGGGCACUCGGGCCCCAGUUCACGAGUCGUGUGAUCAGUGCUCGGAAGGUUAUCGUAACACCCUCAUGAGAUACUGAUAUCACCUGUCACUGUUUCUGAGGCUCCCGUUCACCUGCAGCAGCAUGAUGGAGUGAGGGCACACACAGAGCAUCCAUCCACAGGCAAGAGCAGUGGCUGUUACAGUGUGAGAGCCACACAGCUAAAACUCCCGGAGAAAGACUACAAAUCUAAACAUCUCUGCAACCAGAAAUCAGAUUCCUGCUAUGUGACUUGCAUCUGUUCCCUGACUGGACCGCGACAUUCAAGUGACAAAUUUCAUUAUUGGAAGUUAUCAAUGCACUGAACAGUCAUGGAGAUGAAGUGCAGGGGUUCCUGAUUUGAUGUUACUGGACAUUUUGUACAUAUGAAACAAGGGGCUGAUUUUCAUUAUUGUGUACUGUAGUUAAGGACAACUUGAGAAACAAAAGUCAUUCAAUGUGAAGAUGGGAACACUGAUUAAACCAGUCCUUCUACUGCUUCUAUGGCGAAGUCUGUCUGCCAUCGACGUCCCUGUAGAAGUCCGCCAGCCCCCCACCAUCAUAAAGCAGUCAUUGAAAGACCACAUUGUGGACCCCAAAGACAAUAUGGUCAUAGAAUGUGAGGCCAAAGGGAACCCCCAGCCCAUUUUUUCGUGGAGGCGUAAUGGUAAGUAUUUCAACGUGGCACGGGACCAGCAGACAUCGAUGCGGAGACGCUCAGGCACACUAGAUAUCAAUGCUUGGAACAACCCAGAGGACUAUGAAGGGGAGUACCAGUGCAUCGCCUCCAACGAGUAUGGUUCAGCAUAUUCCAACAAGAUAGUACUGCGGCUCUCAAGGGCUCCCCUGUGGCCCAGAGAGGUGCUGGAGCCUGUGGUGGUCAGUGUGGGUCUUCCUCUGGUGCUGUCCUGUAAUCCUCCCCCCGGGCCACCUAAACCUGUAACCUUCUGGAUGACCAGCUGUUCCUAUGCCAGGCCAUUCACCUGGCCCGUUCAGACUCCAGUUCCCACAAUGCAGGCUGUGCGGCAGGACCGCAGGGUGUCCAUGGGCGUGAAUGGAGAUCUCUACUUCUCCAAUGUUCUCAUUAACGACUCGGCCACCGACUAUUGCUGCAACGCUCGUUUCCCCUACAAAAACAUCAUCCAGCAGAAGAUGCCUGUCGUGGUCAAAGUCCUAACAACUCGUAUGGUGGCAGAGGCUGGCCCCACCCUGCUGUCUCCCACGGGGACCUCCAGUACCGUCAUAGUCCUGCAGGGGGAGGAGCUGCUGCUGGAGUGCGUUGCUGCAGGAGUUCCUACCCCUCACAUCAGGUGGACCAAAGAUGGAGAUGCACUAUCCAUGACUAACAUGAAGGUGAAGAACUUCAACAAGCUCAUCCAAAUAUCUAAAGCUUCAUUUGAGGACCAGGGUGAAUAUGUGUGCACGGCCACCAACAAGAUUGGAUAUGUGAAACACACCAUAACUGUCCGAGUUAAAGCGGCUCCAUUCUGGUUGGAGAAGCCCACUGAUCUGGUGUUGGCUCCUGAGGAGAAUGGAGAGAUGGUGUGCCGAGCUGAUGGUGUCCCCCGGCCUACUACAAGCUGGUUUAUCAAUGGAGAGCCAAUCGAAACUGCCACUCCCAACCCCAGCAGGCAGUUAUCAGGGGAUACGUUGAUCUUCCGCUCAGUAAAUGUAAUGAACACUGCUGUCUACCAGUGCAACACCUCCAACCAGUAUGGCUACCUGCUGGCCAAUGCAUUUGUCAACGUAUUGCAUGCCACCCCUCGUAUCCUGACACCCAGGAACGAGCUGAUGAUGGUGGCUGAGGGCACUCGUACCGCCCUGCACUGUCGUUAUUUUGGCUCACCUGUACCUGACUUGAGAUGGUCAAAAUACGGUCAGGGUAACCUGGAGGGAAACCGUUUCAAAGUUCUAAACAACGGGACCUUGGAGAUCAGACGCACUCAUGUGGAGGACCAGGGAACGUACCUGUGUGUGGUGAGCAACCUCGCAGGGAGAGAGGAAAUCCAGGUCCGACUGGAGGUCAAAGAACCCACUAAGAUCGUUCAGCGGCCAGAGAACAUGAGAGUGUUGCGUGGCAGUGACGUUCGGCUGGAAUGCAAGGAAAAACAUGACGUCUCUCUCUCCAUCACCACUACCUGGAUGAAAAACAAAGCGUUGCUCACACUAAGCUGGAGAGUGACACUGGAUGAAUCCUCGCUGGUGAUAGCAGGCGUGAACAGAGCAGAUGAGGGCACCUACACCUGCAUAAUAAAGACAGACAUAGAUGAGAGCUCGGCCUCUGCCCAGCUCUUGGUUAUGGACCGCCCAGAUCCACCCACCAACCUGGAGUUGUCUGACCCUUAUGAGCGCAGUGUGAGACUGUCCUGGAUUCCUGGAGAUAGCAAUCACAGCCCUGUCAAAGAGUACCUUGUUCAGUAUGAUGAAGAUGAUUGGUUGCCAGGAAAGUGGAGAAACCUCUCAACCUACCCUGGAAACCUUAACUCUGUCAUCCUGCAGCUCUCACCUUUCACCAACUAUGAAUUCCGGGUCAUUGCAAUCAACGAAAUCGGCUCCAGUAGGCCCAGUCGCUCUUCCAUGCGUUUCCAGACCAGUGGUGCACCUCCUGAUGCCAUCCCCAAGAAUAUCAAAGGAGUGGGUACAUGGAGAAACAACAUGGAGAUCAGUUGGGAGCCUUUGAACAGCAGAGACUGGAACGGCCCCUACCUGAAAUAUCUGGUUUGGUGGAGAAGGAGAGACUCCAGAGAGGAGUGGAAGAAUGCCACAACAAAGUGGCUGAGAUACUACAUAUAUGACACAGACACCUUCACCCCAUAUGAGAUCAAGGUCCAGGCUUUCAAUGACUUUGGCCUUGGCCCAGAGUCUCCGGUUAUCAUUGGCUACUCAGGAGAAGACCGCCCUCUGGCUGCUCCCCUCAACCUGCGUGUGUCCAACAUAGAGAGCGACCAAGUAGAGGUUCACUGGGACCCAGUGUCUCGAAACUCUAUCAUGGGAGAACCAAAGGAGUACAAGGUGUACUUCUGGAGAGACAGUAGUCAGCUACGGUGGCUAAGUGUCAGCAGGGCUAUGAAGUCUAAAACCUUCCCAGUCGGUGACCAAGAAUACUCUGGGAUCCUGUCUGACUUAUUUGCCUACAGCAACUAUAAGAUGUACAUAGUGGUGGCCAACAACCGCUAUGAAGGCCCGCCCAGCAACACUAUACAGUUCUCCACACCUGAGGGAGUUCCAUCAGCACCAACGUCCUUCAGGAUUCAGCAGAGACAUCUGGACACCAUAUAUGUGGACUGGGACCUGCCUGCAGAGCCCAAUGGCAUCAUCACUGGAUACAGCCUCAAGUACCAGACAUUGAAUGCCACCAGAGGAGAGCCUUUGCGCACUGAAGAAUUCCCUCCAAACGUGACCAGUUUUUCAGUGAGGCGGUACGACCGCUACACUCGCUACACUUUCUCCCUGGCGGCCCACACUCAGGUGGGGAUAGGAGAAUGGUACACUGAGGAAUCACCUCAUUACACCACCGAAGCUUACGCUCGGGACCAGGUGGACUUGUCGACUAAGGGCUGGUUUAUUGGUGUGAUGUGUGCUGUGGCUUUAAUCGUACUCAUCCUCCUGGUGGUAUGCUUUAUCAAGAGGAGUCGUGGAGGAAAAUACCCAGUACGGGACAAGAAAGAUGUUCCACUUGAAACAGUGGAUGACAAAGAUCAGGAGGGAUCAUUUGACUAUCGGUCUCUGGAAAGGAUAGCUCGCGUCUCCACCCUUCCCUACUCUAGACGAGAGGAAGAGAGGCAGAGGGGCCAGGCAACUGUGGACUCCAUGAUGAAACACACGGAGAGUGACGACAGUCUUGUGGACUACGGGGAUGGAGGGGAGAUUGAGUUCAAUGAGGAUGGCUCCUUUAUUGGCCAGUACACAGGAAGCAGAAAGGAUGUCAGGGAGGAAAUGGAUUACAGUGAGAGCCUGGAGAUUCACUCACCUAUGAACCCCAUCUACUCACUGGCGUAAUCUGCAGCAACACAACAAGCCUUUUCAAGCCAUCACUGGCUGACUGGCUUUGGACACAAGGUAACCCGUGUGAACGGCCUCUGGCAGAACAUUACACCAUGGAGAAGGGAUCAUGGUGGGACCAUCUGCUUACAGCCAGAAGUCUCAUAGACACAAAUCAUCUGUCUUCUGAUUGGCCUAAGCUCAGAGAACAGUAAUGCCUGAGCCCCAAGUUUUCCCUUGGUCCCUUUUCACCUUGGUCUGCAUUGACACUGGGUUUUGGGAUACGAUACUGCAGCCAUUUAACAAGGGUGUGAGGUGGAACUGCAGGCAAGGUGACACAUAUCUGGAUUGUGCAUUAUACAUUGGGAGCUUUUCUUCAAAAUAUUGAUCUGUAGUUAGUCACUUUUUGUAGUUGUGUGUGUGCGUGUGUGUGUAUGAGUAAAUGAGUGUGUGUGUGUGUGUGUGCUUGUGGAUGAAUGUCUGUUUGUUAUGAGCUACGGUUUGCAUCGUGUUGUGCUUUGAAACCACUAAUGAAAAUAUAUUCUGUAUAUCAAGGGCAUUAAAGUGGACAGGUUUAUCAUGUUGAUAAAAGCAUUUUCAUUGUU